AUGAAUCAUAGUACCAAUAAGAGAGUGUACGCACGUGGCGAGCAACAUCAUCUUCCACCUCAAGAACAACAAAGUCAUACAUUCCGAAAUGGUUCGGAUGAAGAUGAGCAACCACCAACAACAUUCGAACAGGUCGAGUAUCCUAUCGAAGAUAACACGGAGGACUCUCGAACCCAAUUCGAACCACCUCAAGAUGAACAUGUAUUUCUACAUAAACUCAAUGAAGACACUUUCGAGCAAGAUGUGAUCAUAACAACUCGAAAAGACAUGAAAGAUUCUACCUCAUCGAUGACUGGUCCUUUAAAUAAAUAA